AUGGGCGAAAUAGGUUCGCCUGAGCAGCAUGGUGGCUCUGCGACGGUCGACAUUUGUGGCACGGGUGUGAACAAUAGUGGCAUGAUUGGGAGGAGCGAGGAACUGUUUUUGGUGGCUUGUGCGUGUGGCGUGGGCGUUUCGGUUGUGUGUCGCAUGCGGCCAGUGAAUGGAGUGGAGGUGGACACGUCUGCGGGACUCUCCUUUCGAUUCAGCCA